UAUUGCUACCAGAAGCCCAACGGUGAUAGUAAGUUUUCCCAAUUACCAUGGAAACCGCCUUCAGAACCCUACAAAUGUUUCUUACUGUGCAUUCGGCGACACACGUUUAUACGCGGCUUUAGCUUGUGGGGCCUUUGACAGCCGCAACAUUUUGUAAACAAGAGUGCUCCGAAGGACUGUUUUUGUUCGUAGAGAAAAUUGUGCUUAAUAUUUCCCCCUGUUUUCAGUGCAAUGCAAUAAAAUGAGCUCUAGCGUCGAAAGCACCGAAGUGGACAGCGCCAAACAAGCGCUCAUGUUGGCAUUGGGCGACAAGUGGACGAUGUACUUGACCAACAUGAAGCUCUGGUUCCGCAAGAAACACUCCAAAGAGGAGUUCGACCUCGAAUGCCGCAAACUGUUCAGCCCGAAUCAGCUGCACUUGCACAACCGCUUCCUGCUGGCAAUCCUGAACAAAAUCGAUGCCGUUUCCGUACCCCAAUCGUCCGCCAAUCAUUUCGAUGGAGCGCAAAUGGUUUCGCCGUCCAGUGUGUACGGUGCCGCCGGUGACGGAACGGGCUACAGUUGUCUGUCAUCGAUGCAGCAGGCGGACGGGCGCAGCAGCAAGAAGCGCAAACGCUCCUCCAAAUCGUCAUCUGAUCGAUCGACCUUCGAACCCAUGUCACCGUAUGAUUACAUUCCACGCGAACCCGCUGGUCCAGAUCAGGAGCACGGCUCUUCCACGCAGUGUGGCGCAACGCUUCCAACGAUGCGCUACGCCGCACAGGAGCUGUUUCUGCCAGAUAAUGGGCUGGUGCUCGGUCGUCUCCUCGUAGGUGCGUGGGAGCACGGGCUAGCCAGUGCCGAUGAUGCUGCGGUCGAGCUUAUCGUAAGCUCGGUGCAAGUAUUGCUGAAAAACAUUCUUUCCGCCGUGAUUAUGGCGCGCAAGCAUUACCGCGUCACUGCUAACGGGACGUUCUACUAUGACGUGGGUCGUGGGAUGGAUCCUAUGGAUGUGCGGAACACAGUUACCAAAACCAAAAUCGAUGACGAACCGAUGGAACUGGACAGGGAAAUUCUGUGUUACGUGAAAACGCCACCAACGGAUUCCACCUUUUUGGCGAGCUGUGAAAACUUGUAUCCUAGUGUCCGCCGCAAGAUAAACGCCUUAGAGCUAUAUAGAGCAUUGCAAGAUCGGAAUUUAAUAUCCUCGCACUCGGUGUACUCGAUGAACAUAGAGCGCAUUGCAAGCCAGCUUUCAUAGCAUUAAUUAGACGAAUUACACAGCUGUACAGCUUUGAAUUACACAUAUUUGUUUAAUAGUUUGAUGUGAACAGUAAUAAAUAUUUACCGAUACGUAUGAACUUAAA